GUGAUUGGCUGCGGGUUGGUUGACGUCAAGGGGCGGGCCGGGGCUGGGAAUAGGAGUAGCAUGUCGCGGUCUAGCGUUUUGCUCGCUGGGCUCUGGCUCAGUUGGGCCAUGAGCCGGAGGGUUUUGGAAUCUGGGUUCUCAGGGAAGCGGUGGCUGGUGGCUGGCCUGGGGAACCCCGGACUCCCCAGCACGAGGCACAGCGUGGGUAUGGCAGUGCUGGGGCAUCUGGCGCAGCGUCUGGGAGUGGCGGAGAGCUGGGUACGCGACCCGCGCUGCGCCGCCGAUCUAGCUCUGGCCCCGCUCGGUGAUGCCCAGCUGGUCCUUCUUCGGCCGCGACGGUUCAUGAACGCCAACGGGCGAAGCGUGGCCCGGGCCGGGGAGCUGUUUGGGCUGACGGCGGAGGAGAUCUACCUGGUGCAUGAUGAGCUGGACAAGCCCCUGGGGAAACUGGCUCUGAAGCUGGGGGGCAGUGCCAGGGGCCACAAUGGAGUCCGAUCCUGCAUUAGCUGUCUCAACUCCAGUGCAAUGCCAAGACUGCUGGUGGGCAUCGGGCGCCCUGCACACCGUAGCGCUGUGGAGGCCUAUGUCCUUGGCUGCUUUUCCCCUGAGGAACAAGAACUGCUGCCCUCACUGCUGGAUGGCGCUACUGACCUGCUCCUGGCCCACAUCCGAGCACGAAGCCAGGAGCCCUCACCUGGCUCCUGACACCAGUAAACACAGUUGCCAGAUCCCAGUGCCUGCACACUCGGUCAUGGCUUCAAAGCCACCAUACUCAUUAAGGAUUUUUAUAGAACUCUUUGCCGGGCUGCCCAGGCCUCUUACAGAUUCCAGGGGUGACCGUGGCCAGAACAGUCUAUUUCUGGAGUAGGGUAGGGUUGGUCUCUCCAGGUGCUACUUGGGAUGCAGGAAAACUUGAGGAAGACUGAACUUUUUGAUACGUUUUACAGCACCGGAGGCAUGGAUCUGUAGGAUUAAAGAUGCCAGCUUGAAAACCAAA